AAAUAAAAAUAAAAAGAAAUAGAAAAGUUUACAAAUUUAAUUGUACUGUGCAAAUAUAGCUAAAAUGAAAAAUAUUGUGUUGUGCACAAUACAAUGCUGGGUUCUAAAAAAUAAUAAAUAAUAGUCGUUUAUAAAUUUAUUAAACACUAACAUAAACUAUAGUAAACAAUCAUAAGCAGCACAUAUUAAAGAUGAAACAAACUAUUGUUGAAACAGUUAAUUUAGCACAUUUUAAAGAAUUCAUUUGAAAGAAGAAUGCUUAAUUUUUAAUUUAUUUUUAAAUCGGUUUUAAGUCGACCUUAGCCCAAAGUCGAUUACCCUUGGAUGUACAAAAAAAAAGUGGUACCGCAGCCUCCGCCUCCCAUUUACAAUUAGUUACGUUAAUAACUGCAACCAAUUCAUCGGUCUAAAUUUAUCGGCGGUUUCGUGAAAGACCGCUAACCGUAGUAACAAAGCGUUUGGCUCGUAUAUAUUGAGAAAGGCUCGAUAGGAGACCGCAUUUAAAUCUGAAACGUGCCCGCGUACAACUCCGUUCGUAGCGAGUGCUCGAAAUGGUGAAGUUGGAUUUGCACCAGAAGGUGGCUAGUUUGAUAAAGAUGCCCCAGAAACCUAAGCCGAAGGCGAAGAAGGAACCACCUGUUGAUGUGGAAGUGGGUGCGAUCCAUGAGGAACUGGAGAUCCCGGUCGCGUCGGAGGUGAUCUUCAAGAAGAUCUGGACGAUCAAGCAAUUCAACAAGACGAUCGCUAAAAGGGAUCUGUUGGACAGUCCGAUUUUUCGAUGUUCCGUCAAUGGGAUGUCCACGUUUUGGAACGUUGCAGUUAGAUUUUGGAAAGGACCCCAAGGCAAAAAGGUCACCAACCCUCUGGUCGUGUGCUUGAAUUUAACCGGAUGCGAAACAGAAGAAACAGGUCAGGCCCGUGUGAGGUUCCAGUUUGGUGUUUGGGACGCCAGCAUCAGACAUUGGGAGACUUGUGACAUUUCGAGCGUCGUCCUUAAUUUGCAGAAUACGCAAGAGUUGCUGUCGGUGGGGUACAAGAGUCUUGGCAUUUUGGACAGACACAUCGAUAACAACAAGAACGUGGCUAUUAUGGUCAAGUUGCAGAUUAUACAGUCGGAUGAGGAGGUGCAUAGUUUGUCGCAGGACAUGGCCAGAUUAUUAGACAACAGAUCAGAUAACACCAAGGAUACUUUAAUCGAGUGCACUUGUGGAGAAAAGGACGAACCUAUACUGGUGCAUAGUUGGAUCAUUAAAACCAGAAGUGUGAAACUUGCCAGGAAGUUACAAGACCACCAAGAUCCAAAGAAUAAGAAUGUUAAGUACAAAAUCGAUUUUGCCGACUACCAGCACGCCUUGAUUCAAGAACUGAUCCGCUACAUCUACACGGACAAGGUGGAAAACGCUGAAACAUUUGCCUGCAGAUUGCUGCCACUAGGCGUCAAAUACGAACUACAUGGACUGAAAGCGUUGUGCGAUCGCACGCUUUGCAGUAGUUUGACGCCGAGCAACGUCGCCAAUAUUUUAUUGCUCGCCGAUCAAUGCGGCUGUGAGAACUUGAGGAAGGCUGCCCUACAUUACUGUGAGGAGUCCGAAGAGAUCAAGGGCAGCGUGCAGAUCGGCAAGAAUCUGGCUUGGAGGGUUAUGGAGAUGGUUAAUCCAGAUUUGUUUUUGGAGGCUUGCGAGAGUAUCGGCAGUUCGUCCAGUAAUCUGGAUAGUCCUGGAACUCCGGGCUCCUGGAGCGAUUGAAAUUCCAACUGUUUUUAUUAUUGAAAGUACAAAUUAAUUUCCAAUAUGUGAUCUGAUAAAAUUAUAUUUUGUAAAUAUGUGCAACUUAUACUGAUAUUUUUUUAAGUUUAAUAUUAUAGUUUUAGGAGAUGUGCUUUGUUGAUGUUUAUAUGUCGUGCAGGUUAUUGUUUAUCUGUAUAAUGUAUGCAUAUUCGUAAUCCUGGAAUAUAUUUAUAUUAAAUAUAUUAUAAUGACUCAA